AUGGAGUACAGCAGCUCCCCGAAGCCGCAGCUCUCCUCGCGGGCCAACGCCUUCUCCAUCGCCGCGCUCAUGUCCAGCGGCAAGCCGAGCAAGGACAAGGACGGCGGGGACAGCACCAUCAAGCCCCUCGAGCAGUUUGUGGAGAAGUCGUCGUGCAGUCAGCCGCCCCUCUCGGACCUCUCGUCCUCAUCCUCAUCUUCCUCCUCCUCCUCCUCCUCCUCCUCCUUAUCUUCGUCCUCACUGGACCUGGUCGGGAGCGCGCCUCUGGUGGCCGCGGGGGCGUGCACGGAGCCCCUGAUCCCGACCAGCCCGGGGGUCCCGUGCAGCGAGGAGAUGGCCAACAUCUCCUGCAGCUUAGAGACCAAAGAACUCUGGGACAAGUUCCACGAGCUCGGAACCGAGAUGAUCAUCACCAAGUCCGGAAGGCGGAUGUUCCCGACCAUCCGGGUGUCUUUUUCGGGUGUGGAGCAGGAGUGCAAGUACAUCGUGUUGAUGGACAUUGUUCCGGUGGACAACAAGAGGUACAGAUACGCUUACCACAGAUCCUCGUGGCUGGUGGCCGGCAAGGCUGACCCUCCUCUACCUGCCAGGUUGUACGUACAUCCCGACUCUCCGUUCAGCGGCGAGCAGCUGAUGAAGCAAAUGGUUUCCUUCGAGAAGGUCAAACUCACUAACAACGAGCUCGACCAGCACGGACACAUUAUCUUGAACUCCAUGCACAAGUACCAGCCUCGGGUUCACAUCAUCAAGAAGAAGGAGCACACGGCCUCGCUGCUCAACUUCAAGUCAGAGGAGUUCCGCACGUUCGUCUUUGUGGAAACCGUCUUCACCGCAGUCACCGCAUACCAGAACCAGCUGAUCACCAAGCUGAAGAUCGACAGUAACCCCUUCGCCAAAGGAUUUCGGGAUUCGUCGCGGCUGACGGACAUGGAGAGGUACAGGGAAUUCUGGGAAUUCUGCUGCAGGGAAAGUGUUGAGAAUCUGAUCCACAAGCACUCGUACGCCCGCUCGCCCAUCCGAACAUAUGCCGGAGACGACGACCACAUGCCCGACGACGGACACCUGCCACACGCCAGAGGCUCAGCGUUCACGGCCUCGGACAACCUGUCGCUGAACUCGUGGGUGAGCGGCGGCGCGUCGGGCUUCUCGGGCUUCCAGCCCCCUCCGUCGCUGUCGACCAUGGGGGCCUCCGGGGCCGCCUCCCUGCCGCACCCCAUCCAGGGCUCGCUGCCCCCCUACGGCCGUCUGGGCGUGCCCCUGGCGCCCAGCGGCGGCCCAUCCUUCCCGUCCUUCCACAUGCCGCGCUACCACCACUACUUUCAGCAGGGUCCCUAUGCCACCAUCCAAGGCCUGCGCCACCCCUCGGCCGUCAUGACGCCCUUCGUAUGA